UUAUAUAGCAGCGUGACCAUAGAGCGUGACUGGAGGGGCGGUGCAACGUUUUCGAGAGUAGUGUUGGAGCUGUUCUAAUGGUUCUAGUAGAUUUGAUAUCUGAGAAUGAGCUCUUCUGACAUGAAGAUCAUCACUGUGAUCGGCAGUGGGUUGAUAGGCCGCUCCUGGGCCAUGGUGUUUGUUAGUGGAGGCUACACUGUGAAGAUCUAUGACAACCAACCAGGACAGGCUGCCAAGGCCGUCACAGAGAUCAGGAAGCAGCUGGAGGAGCUGCAGGAAGCUCACAUGCUGAGAGGAGAGCUGACCGCCACACAGCAGCUCGCACUGCUCAGCAGCUUCAAUGAGCUGGCUCCGGCACUAGAGGGCGCCUUCUUUGUCCAGGAGUGUGUAUUUGAGCAGCUUGAAGUCAAGCAGAACGUCUUCCAGGACAUUGAGGGCCUUGUGGGAAAAGACGUCAUACUGAGCAGCUCCACUUCCUGUCUGGUGCCGAGCAACGUCUUCUCUAAAGUUCAGAACAGGAGUCGCUGCCUCGUUUCCCAUCCGGUAAACCCACCCUACUAUGUCAAACUGGUGGAGCUGGUACCUCACCCAGAUACAGCAGCAACAGUUAUGGACGCCACCCACUCCCUCAUGACUAAGGUUGGCCAGGCGCCCGUUACUCUGAAGAAAGAGAUUGAUGGCUUCGCCCUCAACAGAGUGCAGGCGGCCAUUAUCGCAGAGUCCUGGAGGCUGGUUCAGGAUGGCGUUAUCUCUGUCAAGGACAUUGACCUGGUGAUGUCAGAGGGGCUAGGAAUGCGUUACGCCUUCAUAGGUCCGAUGGAAACAAUUCACCUCAAUGCACCUGCAGGAUUGGAAGACUAUAUGAAACGAUAUGGAGAGGGUAUAACGAGGGUCCUGAAGUCCUUUGGGCCUGUACCAGACUUCUGUAGCGGCGAGGCCGCCAAGAGUAUCGCCAAUGAGAUGUGUGAGCUGAUUCCCAACGACCAGCAGCAUCUCUCGGCUCGGAUGGAGCGGAGGGACCAGCUCCUCAUGGGUCUGGCCAAGCUGAAGAAGGACCACUAAGAUCAGCUUACAAGAAAACUUCUGAUUCUGACUAAAGAAAUCUGUGAAUUUUGGGAGACGAUCAGCUCAGUUUAUAACAAGUUAAAUUUUAAAAAAAAAAAGGAUAUUUUGGGAGUGACAUUUAGCAAUUAUGAACAUUUGUGCUCUCAAAUGGCCUUUUAUGGACAGUAUACUUAAUGUUUUGGGCUGCUAACAUUGACUAAUAUUGUGGAAAUCAAGGGACUGGAUCUCUAAGCAAUCGUCUAACCAGGUGCUACACAUCACAUGAAGGUCUCCAGGAUAAAUUAAUUCAGUGAAAUAUUUUGAUGAAUCAAAACUGUUUUUAUAUUGAACUACAUUCACUCAAUACAACAUGUUAAAUCCUAUUCAUAAAGAAACAAUAAAACCAUGAAUUCAAACAUUAAACAUGUCUGGAUGAGAA